GCAUGGCAUGGGCUUGCACUUGCCCUCACUCUGAUGGAUGCUUCAAGCCAGGAUGUCUCGUGAGCUUGAGCCAACGACUACGGGAUUAGACAAGCCUCACUAAAAAAAGACGUUGCGUUCCACGCUUCAUCUUCCUUUAGCUUUUCUUCGUUUGUUUUUUUAUGACGCUUAGCUCCUGCUCUUUCUCCUAAACUUCCAUCCUCUUCUCUCCUAGUAUUCAUAAUUGGUGACUCCUGCCUAUGCUUUGGCUGACCAAUUGCAAAACUAUCUAUCCCCUACUCCGCCAUAUUCUAUCCCGUCUUAACCCAACCUGUCUCACAACUUGAAAACCUCCAUUCAACUUAUACAACUAUUGUGAAUACGCUCAGGACCCCAAAAUAUCAAACUUAUCCUUUGAGUUAUCAGAGACACGCUCAAUCACUUAAAGACUACCCCUCUAUAUCACAUACCCAAAGCAUCAUGACCAAGCCACGCUUGAUCAUUCUAGUUCGCCACGGCCAGUCCGAAGGCAAUAAGAACCGCGAAAUUCAUCAGACCGUUCCCGAUCACCGAGUCAAACUUACGCCAGAAGGCUGGAACCAAGCCCACGAUGCCGGACGUCGUCUCCGAAGCCUCCUCCGUCCCGACGACACCUUACAGUUCUUUACCUCUCCAUACCGCCGCACACGUGAAACAACAGAAGGAAUUCUCGAGAGCCUGACCUCGGACGAAGGCUCCCCGUCGCCCUUCCGCCGAGCUAACAUCAAGGUGUACGAAGAGCCUCGGCUACGUGAGCAGGAUUUUGGUAACUUCCAACCAUGCAGCGCUGAAAUGGAACGUAUGUGGCAAGAGAGGGCCGAUUAUGGCCACUUCUUCUACCGUAUACCUAAUGGAGAGAGCGCUGCCGAUGCUUACGAUCGUGUGAGCGGAUUCAAUGAAAGCCUCUGGCGACAAUUUGGUGAAGAUGAUUUCCCCAGCGUCUGUGUACUGGUGACCCACGGACUCAUGUCCCGUGUCUUUCUCAUGAAAUGGUAUCAUUUCACUGUCGAGUACUUUGAAGAUCUCCGAAACAUCAACCACUGCGAGUUCCUCAUCAUGCGCAAGCAGGAAAACAAUAAGUACCUUCUAGAGAACAAGUUACGAACUUGGUCCGAUUUGCGGCGAGAACGCAAAGACAAAGAGGACAAGGACAAGGACAGCUCGAAACUCCCACGCACCAAAACUUUUGUUGUUACACGCCGAUGGGGUGGAUGUCCCAAUGGCUGUGACCAUAGUCGCCACUAUGCUAAGCGUGAGGAUUUGGAGAUCAUGCGCAAAAAGGAUCAUGAGAACGGCGGGCCAGAGCCUUACGGCAAAAUUACAAACACAGACGAGAUCAUUACCAUCGUCAGCCGGAAGCAGAAGGCUCAAUUAGACUGCAUUGGUACCAAUAGUGAGAGCGCGACCUUGGGAGCUCAUGAUGAAGAUGGACCGGAGAUCGACAUUUCAUCAAACCAUGAAGGCAAAUCCGUUUCUGACCUCAACGAUACCCCCUCAGUUAUCUCUGCCAGCGAGUAUAUCCAGUCGCCAUACUUACAUAUUGGCCGCGAUGGGGGCGGCAGCUAUUCUGGUCACACAUCUGCCGCCGAGACUGACAACGACUCGUCAGAGGAUGAGAACAUAAGCUUACACCGCAUUGCCUCCUUGAACGCGCAACUAAACAGGACCGUUGGCGAAAGAAGCGAGAAGCCUUCAUACAAUCAAAAACCCCUCCUCAAAGCAGGACCCGAACAUCUAGCAUACACGAGCGAUAAGGAUAGCCCGGAUGAAUAUGCACGGACUAACCGUCUUGGUGAUGCAUCUACUGAUGCCUCUUGUGACGGUGACGCUGAACUUGUUGAGGAUUUGGAUCGCGCUGAGAAGGAGGAUCGAAGUAUUCGGGGUAGUGUGUACUGAUCAUAUUCUUACUUGGAUGGGUGCAAUCUCACUCUCUUAUGACUUGAAUUUCAUGGGAACAGCGGAUACCAGCCCGCCAAGGCGAGGCAAAUUGUUUUGAUGAUUUUCAUAUCUUUAUUCUAAUGACGAAUGAUUUUGGAACGGAUUACGGAAAAGCAAUGGAUAGAAUGACCAACUAUGCUGGCAUGGUUUUGAGAUUGAGCUAUUUGGGGGCUAUGAUAACGUUUGUGUUAGCAUAACAUCACAAAAUAACAUGUUUUUUCCUCCAUUUUCAGAUGUUCUAGUC